AUGGCCCAGGUGAAAAGUAUCAUCUUGGACUUACGUGACAAGGUAUCCACUCACAGACGUGGCUUGAGCGCUACGCUCCGACGACAUGGCGAAAAGGAAUACCGAGGGGGUUCAGAGAAUGACGUGGCGAGGAUCAUUCAGGAGAAAGAAAACUGUUCCAGCAGCGAGGAGGAUGACUCCGAUGUCCCACCACAUGAGCUGCACGCAAAGAGCCUGAACGAUUUCCUCUAUAAUGAUGACCCUCCUGAAAUCAAAAAGCUCUAUGGAAAAUUACCUUUGAUGCAAUCUCAGGAUGACUCGCCCAGGAGCGACCUCUGGAAGACCGACUGGACUUCUCUAACGCGAGUGGGCACCGACUAUAAUAGUCAGGAAAUUGUAUUUCGUGCUCGAGUACAUGUCGUUCGACAUAUGAGUGCAAAGCUUGCAUUUGUCAUUUUCCGCGAGCAGACCACUACAAUCCAGGGGGUUCUGCGCGCUGUUAAUGGUGGAGUCUCUGAGAACAUGGUCCGAUGGGCCGAACAUAUUCGAACAGGCACAAUUGUCAUAGCCAAAGCGAUUGUUAAGCAACCAGAACAGACCGUCAAAAGCACCAGCACCCACCAUGCUGAACUCGAUAUCCGGGAAUUGCACGUCGUCUCCGCCAGAACAGCUCCUGUCCCUUUCAGCGUCUACGAAGCGGACGCUGCUGAUGGUCACUCGAUAUCAGACCGACUCAGAUUGUCAAAUCGAGUGUUGGACCUGAGAACGUCAUCUGCUCAGGCAAUCUUUAGAAUCCAGUCGAGGGUGUGCAGCGUCUUCCGAACCUGUCUUGAAGACCAUGGCUUCUUGGAGAUACACACUCCGAAGCUACAAGGAGGUGCAACGGAAGGUGGUGCCGACGUAUUCAAGUUGAAUUAUUUUGGCCGACCAGCAUUCCUGGCGCAAAGUCCUCAGCUGGCAAAGCAAAUGUGUAUAUCAGCAGACUUUGCCAAGGUGUUCGAGAUUGGGCCCGUAUUUCGAGCAGAAAACUCGAACACGCCACGACAUCUUACGGAGUAUACAGGUCUCGACCUGGAAAUGGCUAUUGAUCGUCACUAUCACGAAGCCAUGUGGUUAAUUGACACUACUUUGAAAGAGAUCUUCAAGAAGGUGUACGAGCGCAAUCGAAAAGACAUCGACACCUUAAAACACCACUUUCCGCACCAUGACUUGGUCUGGCUGGAAGAAACACCGAGAAUUACGUUUGCAGAGGGUGCCAAAAUGCUCAACGAUUCAGGAUGGAUAAAUGAUGAUGAGAGUCAACAAUCUGAAUUCAAAGACCUGUCGACACGAGCUGAACGACGGCUUGGAGAAUUGGUGAAAGAAAACUACCGCACUGACUAUUACAUACUAGACAAGUUUCCUGCUUCCGCUCGACCCUUCUAUACUAUGCAUGACGCGAAGAAUGAUCAAGUCACAAAUUCUUUUGACUUCAUGGUUCGUGGACAAGAAAUACUUUCUGGUGGGCAGCGCAUUCAUGAUUACACGCUUCUGAAAGAACGCAUGGAAGCCCAAGGCAUGGAUACCAACGAUCUCAAGGAAUACCUUGAAGCCUUCGAAUGGGUGACACCUCCCCAUGCAGGUGCCGGCAUUGGACUGGAACGCUUAGUGUCACUCAUCCUAGAUCUGGGGAAUUUGAGAUAUGCAUCAUUGUUCCCUCGCGAUCCAAAGAGCUUCCCGGAAAAGCGACAAUCGUCAUUACAACAUCCUGAAGAUAACACAUUAAACAGACCAAAGGGACGCCUUCCACCUCUUGAGAACCUCGUGGCAAACUAUGGUGACGCCACUAACACAUCCUGGAUGGAUGAAAGAUUCCAGAUCUGGCGAGACGACAAGACAGGUGCUGCGAUCGCAUAUGUUCCUACACAUGACCGGGCAAUCUGCCCAGGAACUCCGCUCUGCGAUCCGCGCCAGCUUGGAGAUGUCAUCAAUGCAUUCCUGGGCUGGCUGCGCCGUGAGACGCAACUUCGACCUUUGUUUGUCUUGGUUAAUAAGGAUGUUGAAGAGGUUCUCGGCGACAAGCUUGGGUGGAAGAGCUUCACAAAUGUCGCAGAACAACGUGUCAAUCUCGCCAAUCAUGAACACCUGAACCUAGAUGCCGAUGUUGAGCGAAAGAUCAGGCAUGCAGCAAAGCAGAGCGUGAAAGUGGAGGACUAUGGAAGCAAGGUACCCGACGACCUACGAGAAAGGGUGGAAAAUCGAAUUAAAGAGUGGCAAGAGGAACGAGAAGGCCCACAAGUUCAUCUGAGCGAAAUCACUCCAUUCAAAGAUGCCUCACAUCGACAAUAUUUUAUCGCCCAAGACAAAAACGGAAAAAUCCAUUCGAUGGUAGUUCUCGCACAGCUGGCAUCUCGAUACGGCGUACAGAUCAAGUGGGCAUUGGAUUUUCCAGGGGCUGAGAAUGGAAGCGUCGAAAUGACGGUGCAAACGGCCUUGAAAGCUGCUGUUGACUCGGGCUACAAAUCGUGUACUUUUGGAGCCGGUGCGACGGCGACUUUGACCGUUGGGCACAACCUUGGGGGCGCGAAAGGCGCAACGCUGAACUCAUUAUAUCAAACAUUGGCUGCUAAAUUUCACCUGGACAAAAAGACCGGCUUUCGAGCGAAGUUCAACACACUGGAUGACCCACUAUACAUUUGCUACCCUCCUAGAGGUCUAGGGCGAAAAGGAAUACAGGCUGUUGUCGAGUUUUUCCAAGAGGGUGGAUAG